GGGGCUCCCGGCGCGGCGAUGGGGCCGAGCCGGCAGUGGGACGUCCGCGGCGCCCUGGCGGCGUCCGGCCUCUUCCGCUUUCUGCACAGCGCGGGGGGCGGCUGCGUGGCGCCGUUCUUCACCCUCUACCUGCGGCACCUGGGGCUGCCGGCGGCGCUGGUGGGCGCCGUCGUGGGGGCGAAGCACCUGGUGGGCGCCGCCUGGGCCCCGCUGGGCUCCUGCUACACCAGGAGGCACCGCAGGAGGAAGGCGCUGGUGGCCGGCUGCCUGCUGUGCUCGGCCGGAGCGGGCCUGCUGCUCACGCUGGUGCCCGCCGCGACGCCGGCCGCCGGGCAAGGGCUCUGCGGCGGGAGCGCGGGUGGCCGCGGUGCCGCCAACGCCACGUCGGAAGCGCCCCGGGAGGUGCCGAGAGCCACCGCACGCGCUUUGGUGACAGGCGCGCGGCCGGAGUCAACCCUGCAAGGAGUGGUUGGCUUUGUGGGUACACCCGGGAAGGAAGACGGGGGAGUUGGCAAGGGUGGCGCGAGGACGGAUCGCUACGCUGAUGGUCCCUCUGGCUCGGCAACUGCACUGGAAGCAGUUAAUGAAGAGCCGCGCGUGCUGGCAACGCCUGCGCCCUACGGCCCCCUCUCGCUUGGACUCGAGAAGGAAACACGCGGUCCAGCUGCUGUUGUGGUGGAUCUUGCUGAUAAUCCUGAAAAUAGCCUUCCCAUUAGUGAAAACAGUAAGUUCCCUUCGUUUAUAACCCAUCUUCCUACUGUUGGAGGCGCUUACGUCUCUGAAAACCUUUCGGAUCGCUGGAAAGAGGCUCCAGAUGUCAGCUUUGACAUGGUGCAAAACACCAUCUUUCAGGACAGAGAGCGUCAGGUUUUUCUAAUGGUGCUGGGGGCUGUCGUGCUUUGGGAGCUGUUGGCCUCCCCUCUGGAGCGGACAGUGGACGAGGGUCUCUAUGAAUAUCUUGACUUCGUCGAUGCGACUGACAGGUAUGGAAAGCUGUGGAUUUGGAGUUACUUGGGUGCAUCCGGAGGAGCCUUCAGCAUCGCCGUGUUUGUGGAUCAGCUGAACUGCUUCCUCAGCAGUAACGUCUCCCGCCUCGCGGUCCAUUUCUAUGGGUAUGCUGUCCUCAUGACGUUGUCGUUCGUUGCCAGCAUCUUUUUCCCGACCUAUAUUCCCAAGAAAACCAAACAUAUGAACAAAACUGCCAAAGCCCUGAGCCUUAUAGGCAGCGACGGCCGAGCAGUCCUGUCUGCUGUGACCGUCGUCCUUACUGGUGUGGCGGGGUCCACAGCGCAGAACUUCCUCUUCUGGCAGAUGCAGGACCAAGGCAGCAGCGAGACGUACAUGGGGCUUGCUGUGGCCGUCGGGCUAAUUGCUGAACUUUUGCUUUACUUCUUCAAAAGCAAGUUGCUGAGGACUCUCUCGAGCAGCGUCGUCGUCGCGCUGAGCCUCGGCUGCCUGGCGGUGCAGCUGCUGUGCUACUCGUUCCUGUGGAGCGCGUGGUCCGUCCUCCUUGUCCAGGUUUUGUCCGCCGUUAGUAACGGUGCGUUGUGGUGGGCCGUUAACCUGACCGUCGACGACAUUGCCACUCCCGGGAUGGAGAGAUGCCUGCACGCUGUCCUGCGAGGCCUCUCGCACGGCGCGGGAGCAGCCCUGGGGAGCGUGGCGGGGGGAUUCGUCGUGGCCAGCUUCGGCCUGGCGGUUUUGUACAGGGCGUGCUGCGUGGGCCUGGUGCUCUGGUUGUGCGUCUUCUUGAUCGUCCAGUCUAGGUUGCCUCGGCAGAAAAAGAUUAACUAUUCUCAUCUCCUGGCUGCUGAUUCCAGUGAUGCGAGUGACUCCGAGGAGGAGAAAGAAAGGGACUGGCUGGUAAAAGCUAUGAAGGAUGACGGCUUUAGUAGGAAUUGGUAACAACAGCAUGGGAUCAACUAAUACGUACUUGAAUGUGUGGGGUAUAGAGGUGAUGGGAUAUGAUGACGAUGCCCAGAAAUUGCCAUUAAUUCUAAAGUGCUAAAUAUAUACAGUGUAUAUCUGUAAGGAAAGAUGUUUAUAAGAAUAUUUUAUAAGUCUUUUAUUUUCUUAAGAUUAAUUUAUAGUCUUCUUAUAGUAAGUCUUGCUUUUUAACUUAAUGAUUUGGCUUCCAAAAUCAUAACAGGGUAUUUUCAGGUGUGCGUUUGCUGAAAUGAAUGUAGUUAAGACUUUAGUCAAAAAACAAACUUGAAUUCUUGCACCUCAGAGCUGAUCCUGAGGAAGCUGUGCUCCGUACUUUAACUUUAAAUGAAAACCAUUUUAAUGGUAAUAACACACAAACUUUUGCAAGGUGUUAUUAGUGUGAAUGUCUGUGAACUCAUUUCGCUGAAUGAGGGAUGUAAAUAAAAAGAAAAGAUUGUUUUGCUCUGA